GGGGAAUUGUUCAUCAGAUUUGUUGACAUCAUUGGAUCAUCAUCAACUCGAAUGGUAGAUCACUACUUUGCAAAUCCGAACAACGACUCGACUAACUUUUCAUUUACACGACACCAGCAGAAACAUCACGCCGAAUUGACUGCUUCUCUAGUCCAACGGGAACGACUUCUUCCCAAACCAUGGCGCUCCCAUACUCCAACGUGCCCCUAUCUAUGGCCUCCUGCUCCAUCGGCCUCCCCCGACACAGCCUACACCAGAAAAUCGAAGCCCUCUCCCAAGCCGGCUUCGGCAGCAUCGAGCUGUCCUUCCCGGACCUCCAGACCUUCGCCAGCUCGCAUUUCGGCCGCGACAUCGCUGCCGACGACUACGACUCCCUGUGCCUCGCCGCCGCCCAGGCCCGCCACCUCUGCGACCGCCACGGCCUCGACAUCGCCGUCCUCCAGCCCUUCUCCAACUUCGAGGGCUGGCCCCGCGGCAGCCCCCGCCGCGACGAGGCCCUCGCCCGCGCCCGCGGCUGGGUCCGCAUCAUGGACGCCGCCGACGCGGGGAUCCUGCAGGUCGGCUCGACGGACUCGGUCGGCAUCGACGGGUCGGUGGGGACCCUCGCAGCCGACCUCGCCGAGCUGGCAGACAUGCUCGCGCCGGCGGGCCGCAGGCUGGCGUACGAGAACUGGUGCUGGGCGACGCGGGCGCCGGCAUGGAGGGACGUGUGGGAGAUUGUGCGGGAGGCCGACAGGCCGAAUAUCGGGCUUUGCCUCGACACGUUCCAGUCCGCGGGCGGGGAGUGGGGGGAUCCGACGACCGAGUCUGGGAGGAUCGAGACGGGCGGCGUCACCGAGGCGGAGCUGGAUCUGAGCUAUCGGAUCAGCCUGCAGGAGCUGGCCAGGACGGUGCCGGCGGACAAGAUCUACUUCCUCCAGGUCAGCGAUGCGUACUACGUGUCCCCGCCCAUGAAGGACGAGCCGGAUGAGUCUGGCCUGCGGCCCCGCGGGAGGUGGAGCCAUGAUUAUAGGCCGCUGCCGUAUGAUGGAGGUUACCUCCCCAUUGUCCCGUUCGUCGAAGCAGUCUUGGCGACCGGUUUUCGGGGUUUGUUCAGCAUAGAGGUCUUUGACGGCCGGUUCGAGCAGAAGUAUGGGGAUAAUCUAUUUUGGUUCGCGAGGAAGGCAAAAGAGACUCAUCAGAGGCUGCUCCGAGAGGUUAACGAGAAGAGAGUUUUGACUGGUUUGGAAUAGUGGUGAGAGCGAAUUGCAUGGCUAUCAGGGCGUUUAUUUGCAACGCAGAGCACCUAUUUGAAAUCCAGGAUACUGGAAGGUUUAUCUUGUAUGUACACAUCAACUUGUAGCUUGGGCUUUUACGGAUAAUGGCUUGCAAUUUUUGAGACAUUUCUCACAAUAGUUUUAAACUCAGUUCAAAUGUGAUUGAUUGGCAGUGGGG